CUCCCCACAAUGAAUCUUCACAAAGCCAUUCCCCAACCCUACCCCAGGUGUCUUCUUCUUCUUCUUCGUCUGUGCCCUACCAUGGCUUUUCUUCUUGCAAUCAAGGCCCUCCCAAUCCUGGCUCUUGCCCUUGCCUUAUGCGUGCACCCCACGUUCGGUGAAGGAACAGAGUGCGAGAAUCUGAACAAGAACUCGUGCUCGUUUGCGGUAUCGUCGUCCGGCAAGCGCUGCGUGCUGGAGAAGACGGUGAGGAGAACCGGCGAGGAAGGUUACAUUUGCAGGUCGUCGGAGAUCGAGGCUGACAAGAUCAAGGACUGGAUCGAGACCGAUCACUGCGUCGAAUCCUGCGGCCUCGACAGAACCGCGCUCGGAAUCUCGUCGGACUCUCUUCUGGAGUCUCAAUUUGCGCAGAAGCUUUGCUCGUCGCAGUGCUACAAUGGAUGCCCCAACGUCGUCAACCUCUACUUCAAUCUUGCCGCCGGCGAAGGUGUGUUUCUUCCGAAGUUCUGUGAAGCGCAAGCGAAAAUUGCACGGAGAGGAAUGGCGGAGGUGAUAAGGAGCUCUGGAUUUGUUGCAGAAGGGCCGGAAUCAGGAAGCGUGCACGCGGUGAAGUUCACGGAUGCUCCGGCUAUGGCUCCCUACUGAUCUUCUUCGUCAAUCAUCUUCUUAUUAUAGUUACAUAUACAUGGGUUUCUAAUUAGGUUUAGCUUACAAUAAGAAAGAAAUCUCCAGAUCCAAAGGCUUAUGUAGGUGUGAUCCGUUUUGUUUCUCCUAUCAAUUUCCAUACGAAUGAAACUAUGCAUCAUCCA